GAAGAGACAGAGACAGUUGUAACCUGUGACUGUAACAUUAUGUGGGUGUGUGUGAAGGUUGGAGUCCAGGUUUAUUGUCAACACACACACACUCUCUCAGCUGCAGGGACUAAACAAGCAUCAUGCUUCUCUUACCCCUGCUGAUAUUUUUGCUGCCUGGUCCGUCAUGCAGAGCGGCGCAGAGCCGCCAGAAGAGAGCCUGGAUCAUCGACUCUUACGAGAUAGAAGAAGGGCACCCGGGGCCCUUUCCUUACGUGUUGGGCAAGGUGACUAUCGACCGCAAAUAUCAAGUACUCUUCGACCUGAAAGGCCAAGGAGUGGACAAGGACCCGAAGGGAGUCCUCAGAAUCGAAGAGUCGACGGGCAGGAUUCUUGUCUAUGGGCCGGUGGACUUCGAGGAGUACCAAGUGCUAAAGCUAAGUUUUGCAGCCAAGAAGCCAGAGGACCAUUCGAUUGACACUCAACUAGGAGUUGAGAUUGCAAUUCGAGACAUCAAUGACAACCCGCCACUCUUCGAGGAACCUCUGUAUAAAGUCACGGUGGAUGAGGCUCUUUCUCAAGGCUCUCAUCUCCUCACCGUAUUAGCCUUUGACAGAGAUAAGCCAAAUACCCGCAACUCAACUUUCCACUAUGCCAUCAAAUCGGUUUCCCCAGAAUCUUCAAACAUCAAAUUCAUCCUCAAAGAAACUGGAGCGCUGUCAUUCAAAGGCUGUUUUGAUCACGAGGUGGCCAGCAAGCACACGUUGGUGAUAGAGGCUAUAGACCAUGGUGAGGUCGUCCAGUUGUCCAGUUCAACUACAGCCAUCAUCUAUGUGGAGGACGGUAAUGACCACCUUCCAGUCAUCACAGGUCGAUCGGGCUCAGGCAAAGUGAAGGAAAACGAGUUUGGAGUCUCUCCUCUGCGCCUCCAUGUGAUGGACAAAGACAUGACACAGAGCAAAGCCUGGAGAGCCAAAUACACCAUUCAAGGAGACAAGGGAGGAUACUUCAAGAUAGAGACAAACGCAGAGACUAAUGAUGGGAUUUUGACUGUUGUGAAACCAUUAGACUUUGAAGAUGGAGCAAUGAGGGAGCUGAAGAUAUCGGUCGAAAAUGAGGCGCCGUACUUCUCCUGCAAAGUGAAAAGGCGGCCGUCCGCGGGCCUGUGGGAUGUUGAUUUCACCGAAGAGCAAAUCGGUGGCAAGAACAUUCAGCAUAACACCACAACAGUUGUCAUCGAGGUAGAGGACGUGAACGACCCCCCGAACUUUGUCGUGACCGUCAAAGAGGCCAUCCUGAAGGAGGACGCGCCGAUCGGAACCUGGCUGGAGACAGUGACUGCUGUGGAUCGAGACGCCACUGCUUCAAGAGACUUCAUCUACAAAGUGGGACACGAUCCGGCAGGCUGGAUGAAUAUCAAUCCCCAAACUGGGAACAUCACUACCAGAAAGAUGGUGGACAGGGAAUCCGUCCAUGUUGUCAACGGCGUUUACACCCUGAUGCUGCACGCAGUGGAUAAAGGUGAGCCACCAAUGACAGGCACAGCUACACUGCAGAUCCACCUUAUUGAUGUGAAUGACAAUGUACCAAAACUGGACGUGAACCAUGUGGAUGUCUGCAUGUCCGACGGCCAAACUCCAACCAACAUCUCAGCCAAUGAUCUAGACGGUGCUCCGUAUGGAGGGCCUUUCAACUUUGAGCUGCUUGGGAACGUCAAAAGACGAUGGAAACUGGAUCCAUCUUACGGUUUCACAGCUGGCCUGGUGAGGGAUUCUAGUGUACCUGGUGGUCUUUACACUCUUAGAGUGAAGGUGUCAGACAUGCAGGGGACUUAUGGCAUUUACUGGCUGAACGCCACCGUGUGCUCCUGCUCGGUGGUACGCCACUGCCGCAAUCGGAACUCUGGGACGAUUAGCAGCUACGGCGCUGCAGGCAUCGCACUGGUUGCAGUGGCUUUAUUCUUGCUGGCGCUGUUGGCUGCAUUUCACAUCUCCUGCAAAACAGUGUUUAUCCCCGCAUAUGUAGACUCUGAGGUUAAUGGAAUCCUAGUGACUUCAAACACUGAAGCACCAGGGAGUGACAUUGAGUUAGGGGAAUUGCCACUUCAUGCCCAAUCUGAAAACUUGAGGUUUACGCAAGACAAUCGGAAAGGUAGAGGAGACAGGUUCCAAAGUAACGACUCAUUGAGGUACGGGACGAGAACUAUAUCCAGGAGCAGUAAACACUGGCGCAAGACUGAAGAACGGAACAAUGCCCUGCAACAGACUGGCGACCUAUCCAGGGUGUACCUCGCCUCUCCCUCAAAACGGUUGCUGGAGAUAAGCACCAGCACCCCUUUUUACCCCACCAGGGACAAUGGUGUACAGAUAAUGGAUGGAAGGAAGAAUUCAAGGCUCGGAUAAACUACCAGACGAUUUAUGAAGCACUACUUCUCUACCUUCAGCGGAAGCUCUCUUCUUUCCAGAAACCAAUGGCCGAACUGCUAGAUUAUGAACCUCACCUCUACGCAGAGGAGGGGGAACCCAACAGUCCUGCAGAUCUGGAUUACCUCGACAUUCCUGAUGAGCAUGGUUCACUUCAUGAAGUCCUUGAGAAUUUAGGCCCACAGUUUAGUGAACUGGCUGCCUGCGUGUUACAAAUCACAACCACAGGGACUAGAACCACCUUUAAACAUAGAGUUUAAUAGCAACUGUUACACAUUUCUCCACUUUUAAUCUUUUACAAGGAGCAGAAAAAAAAAAUCCAAUGCCAAGAAAAAUAGUUUCAAGACCAUUCGAGUUACAC